AUGGGAGAGCUAAGAAUGUGCGAGUUAUUUCUUGAAGCGGAUAAAUUUUUUAAAGGUAAUGUUUCCGCACAUAGGCAAAUUACCAAAUCCGCAAAUUUCCGUGAUUAUUGCACUAAUCAAAAAAAGUGUGCAACUAAGAUUGAAACUAUUGGUGCUUUGGGCGAGGCUUUAUCUAUGAAGCUUCACGAUAAAGAAAACACGUAUUCUGAUCAUGUUGUGUUGUGGUUAGCUAAUAAAUUAUUUGAUGCAAUCAAAGAGAAAGAGAAAGACAAUGCUAGUAAAAUUACUUUAAGUUCAGCUUAUGACAAAUAUUUAAAGAAAUAUAUGGCUCAUUUUAAAUAUUGGAAUAGUUUAUAUAAUAUAAGGGGUUUGGAAGAUGGUAAUCUUAGGCAUUUGCGUGAAUUGUAUACAUUACUUAGCCAUAUAUGUAAUACAAUUGUAGAUUAUAAAAAAAACGGUGCCCUAAGUAAGACUCUUUCUCACAAUUCUACCUAUUGUUUUAAUCAAUAUAUAUCCCUUUACAAGGCUUUUCCUGAAUGUAAUUCAUAUCUAUAUCUAUUGAACAAAUUAAAAAAAAUAUAUGAUGACAUUAGAACUUCUGCUAUUGAGAAUAAUUCUAGUAUUAAGAAUUUCGAUAAACGCUUUCGAGAACUUAAAAUGCCUGGUGUAAAAGAUUCAUAUUCUAUGGAAACAUUUAAAAGAUUUAACUUCAGUGCUUCAGAGUGUAAAGUAAAAACUACAAAUAAUAUUCCGACUGUUCGAAAUGCACCAGUAAAACAUACAACCAUACAAAGGAGUAAAAUUCAAAGGGGGGGUCAAAGUAUUCAAAAGAUUACCCCUAAAAAUAAAGAUGAUAGUUUAAACGUUUCAGGGCCCGAAUCUCAACCGAAGCAAAACAUUACAUUUCCAAAACCUGGCGAUUCUUUAUUAAAAGAUGAGCCUCAAUCCUUAAAGGGUGGCAGUGAUGGUCCAGGUAUUCAAAAAAGUCCAACUGGUCAAGAAAAUCCAACUGGUAAAGAAAAUACAACUGGUAAAGAAAAUCUAACUGGUAAAGAAAGUCCAACUGAUCAAAAAAUUUCAAAUGGUCAAGAAAUUCCAACUAGUAAAGAAAUUCCAACUGGCCAAGAAAAUCCAAAUGGUCAAGAAAAUCCAAGUGGUCAUAAAAUUUCAAAUGGUCAAGAAAGUCCAGAUAAUGGUAAAAUAGAUCAAAGCAAUGAGUUAGAAACUAAUCAAGGUAAGACACAAAUGUCUCAAAGCCCAGAAGGCAAUCACGAUGGUUUUGAUUUUCCAAAUUUAGAAGAAUAUGAGAAAUUAUUUAAAACCUAUAUUGAAGAAUACAAAAACUCUGUUACUAGUUCACUUAAGGAUAUUCAAGAACAUUUAUACGAAGAUAUAUGGCUUCCUUUAUAUGAGACUUAUAGUACUUAUGCAGAUUAUUAUAAAAAUUUUAAUAUAAUGGAAUAUCUUAAAGGAAUGCAAGGAAAUGAACCAAAAACAGCUGAAACAUUAGAUGAUAAGUCACCAAGUACAGAUAAUGGAUUAGAAAAUCCCCCUUCUUUAUCAGAUAACGGAACAUCAGAUGGCGAAAAACAAAAAGCACAAGAUCCCCAAAUACAAGGUCCUCAAACAGAAGAUACCAAAACAGAAGAUACACAAACACAAAUGUCAGGGGAUCAAGGAAAUGGUCAUUCACAGGAGUUACUUUCUACACCAGAAAAUGGCUCAACAAAUAGUGAACAAGAAAAAAAUUCAGAUACUCCCUCUAAGGAACAACUUCAAUCAUCAGAUGGUUAUACCAAUAUAAUGUCUAGUAUUGGUGUUGAAACAAGAGCCAUUAGAGUCGAUGUAGAAAAAGGCACAUAUGAAAUAGGAUUUCCAGGAAAUUUAUUUAAAGGAGACAACAUAGUUGCAUAUUUAAUUACAGUUAUUUCAAUACUCGUUAUUUUAGCAUUUAUGUAUAAGUAUUUCGCAUUUGGGCGGAGAAAAAAGGCGAAAAAAAAAAAAAAAAUGAAAAAGGUUUUAAAAUUGUGUGAUGAAAAUAAUAUCGAAAAGUUGAAAUGCAUUCAUCGAAAAUAA